AUGCUCUUGAUUUAGAGUCCAGCUUUCAAAAGAGAAUAAGUAGUCUAUGCAAUUUUUGUUCUGGAAGAGGGUCAUCUCAGUCACAAUGCUUGGUGAAGUCUUGUCAACAAUUAUCUAUACAAGGGAGACGACCAUUUUUCACUGGAACACAGAACAAGAGGAAACCUCCAUUGCUACAGGAUUUUGGUUGCCAGGGCUCUGAAGGAAAUACAGGUGAAGAUGUGAAAGAAAUUUUGGAUUUGAGGAGUAAAAUUAACUCUGCUGCAGGCUUUAAAUCAGAGAAUUACGAAGGCCUUGUGGACAUCAUGGCCCACUGUAGUUCCCGAAUUUGUGGUCAAUUGUUUCCAGAUGACAGGUCCAGCCGCCCUCUACUGCAUUCCUCAUCAAGACUCAGUGCACUGAUGGAAGAGGAACUGUCAGACACAGAAGCAGAUUCAACACCUGUCAAGAUGGAGCCUUCUGGGAGUUCUUUACCAGGACCUUCAAGAUUGGGCAGCAGUGAUGGAGAUUUGUCCUCAGCAAGAAGGAAAAGAUUGGCAAUGAAGGACAGAGAAAAAAGAGAGACUUUAGGGUCAUCAAUGGAGGACAAAACUUUUAAAUUAGUUAAUGGAAAAGUUGAAGAGAUGGAACUUACAGAGGCAGACAGAAAAGUAAAUGCACAACUCCUUGAGGAAGCAGCCAAAGCCUCUCAGGCUUCAAGUUUAAGGAGGAGAAGAAGCUCUGACCCAGACCGUAAAUCUUUACAUCCUGCACGAGUUCCACAGGUCAUUCAUAGCUCUUCCAGCAGCACACAGAGGGCAGAUAAACCAGUAGGACGAGAUAGGUCACCAGAGCAGGGCUCUGAACACAAACCAAAUAUCCAAAGUGACCAGCCCAAGCCUCAUGAAGAAUACAAUGGAAUGGAUCAUGAAGUGCCACCUUUGGUGAAGAUUGUUGUCAGUGAUACCAAUGUUCCAAAGAGGGAGUCUUCUCCACGAAGAUUCUUGCUGCACCCAAGCAUGCCAGCUGUACCAGAGAGACUGAUGCCAUCAGUACGGAAAGCAGUCAACAGAUUAAGAAGAAUGAACAACAAACCAAUGGAGAAGUGCAACUGAAUGGUAGAGUUCAUGACAAUGAGAAUACUCCUGUCACACCCAAUCUUCCAGACUCUGUCCUAAAGAAGUUUGGGCUGUUGCCAUUUUCUUCAAAGGGAAAGAAAGGAGAAGGGAAAAAUAAUGAAGCUACAGAUAAAGAACUAGAGGCCAAAUUUAAUCAACUAGCCUUAGCAUUCAAAACUGACAAAACAACAGUGGAAAAAAGGUUAGAACUUCAGGGGCACAUCAGAAGUGUGGCAGAAGACAGUAUUCUCAAUGAAAUAG